GCAUCAGAGGGGACGUCCUUCCGAAGUUGGGGCUCUGGAAGAAGGGUCUUUUGGGAACAAAGGCUUCCUGGGCGAUGUAAACAGUCUUUGUCUUAAAAAGUGUUUUGUUUCAAGAAGCUGUGAACAAGUGGUUUCAUGUAGUUGAAAUAAAGCAACAAAAGCAAGAGGUAGAAACUGUGCUCCGUGGCGAUGGCUCUGAUGCCCGCGUUUCUAGGUGAUUUUUGCUCCCCAAGUUCCUGGAAUACAAUUGGCUGCAUUAAGGAUUGGCAGCCGCCAUUUGCAUGUGAUGUCGACAAACUUCAUUUUACUCCACGUAUCCAGAGGCUGAAUGAAUUGGAGGCUCAAACUCGUGUAAAAUUGAAUUUCCUGGAUCAGAUUGCAAAGUACUGGGAGUUGCAGGGAAGUACACUGAAAAUUCCGCAUGUGGAAAGGAAGAUCUUGGACUUGUUUCAGCUUAAUAAGUUAGUUGCAGAAGAAGGUGGAUUUGCAGUUGUUUGCAAGGAUAGAAAAUGGACCAAAAUUGCCACCAAGAUGGGUUUUGCUCCUGGCAAAGCUGUGGGCUCCCAUAUCCGAGGGCAUUACGAGCGAAUCCUCAACCCCUACAACCUGUUCCUGUCUGGGGACAGUCUGAGGUGUCUGCAGAAGCCAAACCUGGCCACAGACACAAAGGACAAGGAGUACAAGCCCCACGACAUUCCCCAGAGGCAGUCUGUGCCGCCCUCAGAGACGUGCCCCCCGGCCCGCCGAGCGAAGCGCAUGAGGGCGGAGGCCAUGAAUAUUAAAAUAGAACCAGAAGAGACAACGGAAGCCAGAACUCAUAACCUGAGACGUCGAAUGGGUUGCCCAACUCUAAAAUGUGAAAAUGAGAAAGAAAUGAGGAGCGGCAUCAAGCAAGAACCCCCGGAGAGGAAAGAGCUCACUGUGGAGAGUGAGAGGGAGAAGCCCAAGAGUCGGCCGAAAAAAACCACCAGUGCUGUGGACCUCUAUGUCUGCCUCUUGUGUGGCAGUGGCAGUGACGAGGACCGGCUUCUCCUGUGUGAUGGAUGUGAUGACAGUUACCACACCUUUUGCUUGAUCCCACCCCUCCACGAUGUCCCCAAAGGAGACUGGAGGUGUCCUAAGUGUUUGGCUCAGGAGUGCAGCAAGCCGCAGGAGGCGUUUGGCUUCGAGCAGGCGGCCAGGGGCUACACCCUCCGCACCUUCGGGGAGAUGGCGGACGCCUUCAAGUCCGACUACUUCAACAUGCCGGUCCACAUGGUCCCUACGGAGCUGGUGGAGAAAGAAUUCUGGCGACUGGUGAGCACCAUUGACGAGGAUGUCACAGUAGAGUAUGGAGCCGACAUCGCCUCGAAGGAGUUCGGCAGCGGCUUCCCUGUGCGCGACGGGAAGACGAGGCUGUCCGCCGAGGAGGAGGAAUAUCUCGACAGCGGCUGGAAUUUGAACAACAUGCCGGUGAUGGAGCAGUCUGUCCUCGCCCACAUCACUGCCGACAUCUGCGGCAUGAAACUCCCUUGGCUGUACGUGGGGAUGUGCUUCUCUUCCUUCUGUUGGCACAUCGAAGACCACUGGAGCUAUUCCAUCAACUACCUGCACUGGGGUGAGCCCAAAACCUGGUAUGGAGUCCCAGGGUAUGCGGCCGAGCAGCUGGAGAGCGUGAUGAAGAGGCUGGCCCCGGAGCUCUUCGUGUCCCAGCCGGACCUCCUCCAUCAGCUGGUGACCAUCAUGAACCCCAACACCCUGAUGACUCACGAAGUGCCUGUUUACCGGACGAACCAGUGUGCUGGGGAGUUUGUGAUUACGUUCCCACGAGCCUACCACAGUGGCUUCAAUCAAGGCUUUAAUUUUGCCGAGGCCGUUAACUUCUGCACUGUUGACUGGCUCCCACUAGGCCGGCAGUGCGUGGAGCAUUACCGCCUGCUUCACCGCUAUUGUGUGUUUUCCCAUGAUGAGAUGAUUUGCAAGAUGGCUUCCAAGGCUGACGUACUGGACGUCGUAGUGGCCUCAACAGUUCAGAAGGACAUGGCCAUCAUGAUCGAGGACGAGAAAGCUUUAAGAGAAACUGCCCGUAAAUUGGGAGUGAUUGACUCGGAGAGAAUGGAUUUUGAGCUGUUGCCAGAUGACGAGCGUCAGUGUGUAAAAUGCAAAACAACGUGCUUCAUGUCCGCCGUCUCCUGCUCCUGCCAGCCGGGCCUGCUUGUGUGCCUGCAUCACGUGGGAGAGCUGUGUCCCUGUCCUCCGCAUAAAUACAAGCUGCGGUACAGGUAUACCCUGGACGACCUCUACCCCAUGAUGAACGCCCUGAAGCUUCGCGCAGAAUCUUACAACGAAUGGGCCUUGAAUGUGAAUGAAGCUUUGGAGGCAAAGAUCAACAAGAAGAAAAGCCUUGGCAGCUUUAAGUCUUUAAUCGAAGAAUCUGAAGUGAAGAAAUUCCCAGACAACGAUCUUCUGCGUCACCUUCGCCUCGUCACGCAGGACGCCGAGAAGUGCGCCUCGGUGGCCCAGCAGCUGCUCACUGGGAAACGGCAGACCAGGUACCGGUCCGGUGGAGGCAAGUCUCCCAAUCAGCUGACAGUGAGUGAGCUCCGGCAGUUUGUGACGCAGCUGCACGCCCUCCCCUGCGUCCUCACUCAGACGCCGCUGCUGAAGGGGCUCUUGAGUCGUGUGGAGGACUUUGAGCAGCAGAGCCAGAAGCUGCUCUCAGAGGAGAUGCCCAGUGCUGCUGAGCUGCAAGCCUUGCUGGACGUCAGCUUCGAAUUUGAUGUCGAACUUCCGCAGCUUGCCGAGCUGCGCACCCGUCUGGAGCAGGCCCGCUGGCUGGAGGAGGUGCAGCAAGCCUGCCUGGACCCCGGCUCCCUCACGCUCGAUGCCAUGAGACGCCUCAUCGACCUCGGCGUGGGGCUGGCCCCGCGUUCAGCAGUGGAGAAGGCCAUGGCCCGGCUGCAGGAGCUGCUGACGGUGUCUGAGCACUGGGACGACAGAGCCCGGAGCCUCCUGAGAGCCAGGCCCCGGCACUCGCUGAGCAGCCUCGCCGCGGCGGUCAAGGAGGUGGAGGAGAUCCCCGCCUAUCUGCCCAAUGGGGCGGCCCUGAAGGACGCGGUGCAGAAAGCCAGGGACUGGCUGAGGGACGUGGAGGCCCUGCAGGUUGGCGGACGUGUGCUGGUAUUAGACACACUCGUAGAGCUUGUGACGCGAGGCCGAUGCAUCCCCGUGCAUCUGAGUCCCUUACCUAGACUGGAGUCGCUGGUGGCUGAGGUUCAGGCUUGGAGAGAAUGUGCUGCUAAUACGUUUUUGACGGAGAAUUCUCCGUACUCGCUUUUAGAGGUGCUGUGUCCUCGAUGCGACAUCGGCCUUUUGGGAUCGAAGAGGAAGCAGAGGAAGCUGAAGGAGCCCUUGCCGAGCGGAAGGAAGAGAAGCGGCCGGCCGGAGAGCCUGAGCGACUUGGAGCGGGUCCUGGCCGAGAGCAAGGAGCCGGCCGCCGCGAUGGCGGCCCUCGGGGAAGCACGCCUUCGGGAGAUGGAAGCCCUGCGGGCCCUGAGGCUGGCCAAUGAGGGCAAGCUGCUGGCACCCAGCCCGGACAUGGAGACGCGGGUCUGCCUGUGUCACAAGGCCCCCGCCGCCCCGAUGGUGCAGUGCGAGCUCUGCAGGGACGCUUUCCACACGGGCUGCGUGGCGGCCCCCAGCGCUCCGCACGGCCCGCGGGUCUGGCUCUGUCCCCACUGUCGGCGGUCGGAGAAGCCCCCGCUGGAGAGGGUGCUGCCGCUGCUGGCCUCCCUGCAGCGCAUCCGCGUGCGCCUGCCCGAGGGCGACGCGCUGCGGUACGUGAUCGAGCGGACCGUGAGCUGGCAGCACAGAGCCCAGCAGCUGCUGGCGUCGGGGGGCCUCCGGCCUGCGCACGACCGCGGGGGCCCGGGCCGGCCACAGAGCCGGGGGCAGGCCUCCGCGGGACAGGCGUCGGACAGCAAGGCGCCUCUGCCUCCUGGCACAGCAUCUCCUCCCUUGCCCGAUGGCCGGGACAGCAGGACCUCGUUGGCACUCUCCCCCUUCGCUGCCGGGCGGAGCUGCGUCCCCCUCCACGGUGUCAGCGCCGAAGUGAACGAGCUGCUGAUGGAAGCACACCUGCUCCAGGUGUCCCUCCCCGAGGUCCACGAGCUCUACCGGACUCUGCUGGCCAGGCCCAGCCCCCCUCCGCGGACGGAGCAGAACUCGCCGGCCAGGCCCGGCAGCGAGAAGCAGGACUGCUGCCGCGGGAAGCGGGACGGGGUCAGCAGCCUGGAGAGGAAGCUGAAGCGACGCCUGGAGAGGGACGGCCACGCCAGCGAGCGAUGGGAUCGCGUGAGGAAAACGCGGGCCCCCAGGAGGAAGAAAGUGAGACGGAGCCGCCCCGAGGCCACGGACGCUGUCCUGUCGGAGAGCACGCGUGGCUGUGAGCCGGCCCGCACCGGCGGCACGCACCCCCCGCCCUCGGACACGUCCUGCUCCGAGCAGGAGGACUCUGAGGCGGAGGAGGCCAUCUGCCCGGCCGUGAGCUGCCUGCAGCCAGAAGGCGACGAGGUGGACUGGGUCCAGUGUGAUGGCAGCUGCAACCAGUGGUUUCAUCAGGUCUGUGUUGGUGUUUCUCCAGAGAUGGCGGAGAAGGAGGACUACGUCUGUGUGCGCUGCACUGUGAGGGACGCACCGAGCCGGAAGUGACCCCCAGACCGACCCCUCACUGUCCUUCCGGACCCCAGCCGAGCUUGUCUCAGUGUCUCAGCAGAGCUGCAGGACUGGGCCAGACCAGCCUGUAAACGGUGCUAUUUCUAUUCCCGAUGGAUCGUUUUUCCAGAACUCUUUGAAAAAAAGAAAAAACAACUAAAAAAAUUUUUGACACCUUUUGUAUUUUUUUCCUUACGAGCUGUUUGUGGUGGUCAAGGUUUGGAAUGUGACUCGCGGGGCCCCGCGGUCUGCACGACCCCAGAGCCCGCGGCUUCUCGCGUCCAGCAUUAACUCCGGCCUCUGUCUGGGAUUUGCCGGCUCACGAGUCCAACUCAGUUUCAGUGCCCAGAGGGCACCAGAAAUUCCAGUAAAUCCUCAUUUGAGGAAUUUCUCUCUUGUUUACUCUGUUACCAUAUUGGGGAACUUAAGUUUUUCACGUUUGGGGGUUUUGUUUUUCUUUACCCACUUUUCUUUUUCCUCGUAGACUAGGUUUAUUUAUCUAAGCAAUAACUUCUAUGUUGGUUUCAGUGGCUGGAAUUAAAACAGAACAAACUUCCAAA